AUGAAGUGUGGUGUUAAUAAUUCUUAUGAUCAGUUCUUAAAGCCCUUUCUCCUUGCACUUAUUGCAAAGACAAUCCAACUACUCAAAGUUCUUAUAAUUAGCCCGGAUGAUCAUGCUCGCGAUCGCGAACAAGACCUAGAAGCUGUAAUGCAACAGGUUGCAGACAAGACUAAUUAUAAGUUCCACAACAGCAAUUUAGAUUGGCCAAAGAUAGUCGUCAUGUUUUGCUUCACAGUGGCGACGGGACUAGCGCUUCUCCCCGUCCAAAUUCCCUCCAGCCAGCUUUCUGUAAUCUUUUACAUUCUUGGACUAUCAGUCUUGCUUGCCUUCACUUGUAUCUUGGUUUUUGGAGGAAUGUUGUGCUCUAAGAAUGAGGCAAAUGAAUGGUCAGCAAUUCUAGACGGUAAAAUAUGGGACUCUCCAGAAGCAGAAGAGAUGAUCAUCUCGGGAUUGAAGUUGAGUUUGGAUAAUUUGAAAUUCCCAAUUUUGAAACAAUGCUUCGCUUAUUGCUCAAUGUUCAAGAAAGGCUUUGAAAUUGAAAGGGAUGACCUAAUCCAACUGUGGAUGGCUCAAGGAUUGCUUCACCCUUCUUCCGAGAAUAGUGAUCUAGAGAUGGAGGAUAUAGGCACGAAGUAUUUUCAUAUUCUGUUGCAAAACUCCUUACUUCAAGAUCUUACGAAGGAUGCCUUUGGUGUUGUUGCCAAAUGCAAGAUGCACGUUCUUGUGCAUGAUUUUGCAGAACUUGUAUCAAAAUCUGAUAGCGCGACAUCGAAUUCUAAUGAGAUGGUCGGCACACUGAAGAUUCGACAUGCUUCACACAUUCCUACUUCGGUUUUGGAAUUGAUACCAAAAAAAAGUUUAAGGGGAUUGCGCUCAUUGUUUUCUAAUAGUGAAGUUCCUAGUAACAUGUUGCCAAGGUUUAGGGGUUUACAUGUCUUGAAUCUUUACAAUGUUGAUAUUAAGGAGCUGCCGAAAUCAAUUGAGAAGAUGAAGCAAUUGAGGUAUUUAAACGUUUCUAGAACAAAGAUCAAAGCAAUCCCCAAAUCUGUCGGCAAGCUCCAUAACUUACAGACAUUAAGAAUGGAGUAUUGUCGACUACUGAAGGUGUUUCCCAAGGAAAUUGGAGAUUUGAUCAACUUGAGACAUAUCUAUUUUGGUCCUGUCCAAAAAAAGAAACGUGCUAAUUUUGGUUGGUACAGGGAAUCUCAUGUUGGGGUCGGGCAAUUUACUAAUCUUCGAAAGAUGCCUUAUUUUAUUGUGAGUCCUUAUGGAAUCGGUCGUGAAUUGAGGAAUUGGCUGGCUUAA